GCAGGAAGGAUGCUUCUAGAGCUGCUGCUCUGUGACACACUGAGUCUUUUUCAGGACAUUCUCAUAAUUCUUAUGUAUUCCAUUAGUUGUAACCAGUAAGCGUGCAUGCCAGAAGACUAAUAUUGAGCUGGAUUCCUCUGUCUGUUGCACAUGGGCUAAGCCCCUUAAAAGAAGCCUAUUACAUUCAGCUACCCUUCACCUCGAAAGGAAGUCUAAUUAAAAGCAUGGAAGUGGACUAGCACAGAGACUUGGAAAGUUGAAAGAAAUUCUCAUUGUGAGAGAACAGGUGGCUGCUGUUCAGAAGGAUGAAAAUCUUGAGACGCUUCCGGAGGCAAAGCAGCUGGAGAAUAAUGGCUAUGGUGAGAUCCUCACUUCAGAAAGUGAUGCUUCUUCUACACAGAGUCCAAACUGUGACUUUUACAUCACCAAGAUAUCAGAAACUGUGUAAGGAUAUGCAGACAGAGAUUACUACCAACUGUGGUUUCUCCAGAAGGAGGAUGAGGGACCAAUCACAGGGUUUUAAAGGAAUAAGCCCUGAUGAAAAUAACCACCCCUAUGGAAAUAUCUUUCCUAACAGGGACUCUGUGGCGCUUCCUAGUGAGAGUGGUGCAGACUUAAUGACGCAACUAGAUGAACUCUGGUUCUGGGCAAAGCUGAAAGAUGAAGAACUUACCAGUCAUAGCACUACUGGUGAUGAUACUAAUAAUCUACUGGAGCACCAAGACUACUGUAUGAAGCAGCUCAGCAGUCAAAGGCAAGAUUUAGAGAGUCCACUGAAGCAGAUGUGUCUGUUUCCUCUGCAUCAUAUGGAUAAUCUGAAUGAAAGCAAUGUGAAAGAAGAAGCAGAGCCUGCUCUGAUGGACCAGAAGAUGUGGUUGGCUCAUGCUGUGCUGGAUGAGGCCAUGGAAGUUCAACAUCACUGGGAUCGGUUCGGUUUUAACACAGCUAGCUGGCAGCAGCAGGUCAGAUGGGUACUGAGAGCUCUUCAGGACCUCCAGGAUGCCAUGCAUCAGCUAGACUUGGGCUUGGCAAUGAUGGAGAAUAAGUGGGAGGGAUGUUGCUCAGAUGGAACUACACUGGACAGCUAUAUGCUGGACGAUUUUGAAGAAAGUGCACAAGUGAUGAAUCAGCACAGACAGUUCAUAGUGGCUCAAGUUGAUAACAGACUGUUGUCUCAAGACUUCUUAUCUGUCUCGGUUCAGUAUCCAUGGCAGAGGGCAGUAUUUCAUAACAGUGUCCCUUAUUACAUCAACCAUGAAAAACAGUCCACAUCAUGGGAUCAUCCAUUGAUGACUCAACUAUUACAGUCAAUGACUGAGCUCCAGCACGUACGAUUCUCAGCAUACCGCACAGCUCUGAAGAGUCGCAGAGUUCAGAAAGCCCUGUGUUUGGACCGUUUGGAGUUGGCCAUGGUUCAGGGUGUCUUUGAACAACAUCAGCUGACUCAAAACGAGCACAUUUUGGAGGUUCCAGCCAUCAUUAACUGUCUAUUGACAAUAUACACUGAACUUCAGCAGAUGUAUCCAGAGCUCAUCAAUAUCCCCUUGUGUGUGGACCUGUGUCUUAACUGGCUUCUAAACGUUUAUGACAGGGAUCGAAGUGGUAAAGUUCAAAUUCUGUCUAUAAAGAUUGGACUUCUUUCUCUGUCAAAAGGACACAUUGGAGAGAAGUAUAAAUAUCUAUUCACUCAGGUGGCCAGCUCUGCAGGAGUGUGUAACCCAAAACAGCUUGGAAUGCUGCUACACACUACUAUCCAGAUCCCCUACCAGCUGGGUGAAGCCACUGCUUUCGGAGGGAGUAAUGUGGAACCAAGCGUCCACAGCUGCUUUCAGCAUGUAGGUGAUAAGGACACAGUUGAGCUGGAGCAGUUUGUGGAUUGGAUGCAUCUAGAGCCUCAAUCCAUGGUGUGGCUGCCGGUGAUGCACAGAUUGGCUGCAGCUGAGACCGCCAAGCACAAGGCCAAGUGUAACAUCUGUAAAGAGUGUCCCAUGGUGGGCUUUAGGUAUCGUAGUCUGAAGCAUUUCAACUAUGAUGUGUGUCAAAGAUGUUUCUUCACUGGGAGAACUACUAGAAGUCACAAAUUAACCUAUCCUAUGGUGGAAUACUGCACCCCAACCACUUCUGGGGAAGAUGUACGAGAUUUCACCAAAGUGCUGAAAAACAAGUUUCGCUCUAAAAAGUACUUCAGUAAACAUCCACGUCUUGGAUACCUGCCAGUCCAGAAUAUUGAUUUAGACAUGAAUGAAGAAUACACAGACAGCCAAAUGUCUCUGCAGUCCCCUCAGAGGACAUGGUGUGUGCAGCAGGACAGCGGACAUGAUGGAUCAGGAACACACCAGACAAGAUGACUUUUCAGGAAGAACUGAAAAGCAAGUACCCUGUCAGUGCAUCUGUUUAACAAUACAAUAGUGUUGUAAAUAUUAUUUACAGGAUUAGGAUUAGGAUCCAGGUAUCUUUCUAUUUAGAUUCUGUGAUAUUGUCUGUGUUAAUGCUGCCUCUUUAUGUACAUGAAGUAAUCAGAGUAUUAUGAUGUUACAUUAUGCUGUUACACUUCUCAUCAAAACAUACAAUGCAUUUUGUAUUUAUUUAAUUCGUUGUAGUAAUGCAGAUUUCAGUAUUAGUGACUAAGACAUUACACUGACUGUGAGCCACAAUAAAAACAAUAAUCCAAGAAUUUUUAUUAUUCAACAAUUUCAUAUUCGCCAUUAUUUGUUGCACAUCAUCACAUCAGUACUCAGAACUCAAAUAUUGCAAGAUGUUUUGUUUG